AUGUUUUGGGGCAAGGGACCCGACAAACCGUCGGAGACGGCCGGUAAGGUGGCCGGAAGCUCGACGGCGGCGGACACCGACAAUAUACCGGCCCCCAAGAGCCUCCCGCGCAAGCUGCAAAAGAUGGUCGACGACGAGGACAAGGAAGACAAUUUUUACGACGAGCUGGUCUCGGGAUACGUGCCCGAGUCGACCGACUCCAAAGUGCGGUACGCCGCCUACGCCGCGCGGCUGCGCACCAUUCUGCUCUCGGCCCACCGCUACGUCGCCUACACCUCCGACAUUGGCGAGUCGUUCCGCCCCGUCGCCCACCCGCUGCUCGUGCGCGGCGCCUACGGCAUCUCGUGGGCCUACAUCUUGGGCGACGUCAGCUACGAGGGCUACAAGGCGUACCUGCACAACCAGCGCGUGCUGAACCCGACCCGUGAGUUUUCCGAGCGGCAGAAGCGCCUUGUCGGCGUUGACGAGGUGUCGGACCCGUUUGUGCGGAGUACGGUCAAGGCAGGCGCGCAAAGCUCGACUGCCACACCACCGCCCGCGCUCCAGCCGGGCGUCGUCACGCCUCUCGAGGACUACCGCGUCGUCAUGCUCCAGCGCACCAUCUUCCAGAGCAUUGCCAGCAUGGGCCUUCCCGCCUUCACCAUCCACAGCGUCGUGCGGUACUCGGGACGCGCGCUCAAGGACAUGAAGAACAAGACGAUCCGCACGUGGGCACCGAUUGGUCUGGGCCUGGCCGUCGUGCCGUUCCUGCCGACGCUGUUCGACAAGCCGGUGGAGAACGCGGUCGAGUUUGUUUUCCACAAGGCAUUCGCCCAGUUUGGCGGCCAGCAAGCCGUGGGCGAGUCGCCUGUGAUCGGCCGCGAGAAGCAGCUGAACAAGAAGCUGAAGGAGAAGGAGCUGUAG